CCGCCCCGAGGCCGGCUCACUCCACUCCCACUUCCUGAGCCCGGCUCUUGGAGCCCCGGAGGCCAGGCCAGGCCCGGCCGCUGGGCCCCAGGGGCACGUCAGCCUGAGCCGUGUCCCAGACCCUGGGCUCAGGAGGAGGUCGCUGCCACCACUGCCGGGGACGUGCAGGCCUCCCACCCAGCUCCCAGGCCUCCACCCAUCUGGCCGACUGGCCGCCUGGCCGCCAUGCGCCCGCCGUGGGCUGCCUCCCCCUGCGGCCUGGCCUGGGGGCCACUCGCCCUGGGCCUCUGCGGCCUCCUGGCAGCAUCCCAGGCCCUGCUGAUGAGGGAGGGGCCCGCGCAGGCGCUCCCAUACCACACGGAGAACCAAACCUGCCGGGACCGGGAGAAGGAGUACUACGAGCCCAAGCACCGCGUCUGCUGCUCCCGCUGCCCCCCAGGCACACAUGUGUCAGUCGAAUGCAGCCGCAGCCAGAACACCGUGUGUGCCACGUGCCCCGAGAACUCCUACAACGAGCACUGGAACCACCUCUCCAUCUGCCAGAUGUGCCGCCCCUGUGACCAGAUGCUGGGCUUCGAGGAGACCGUGCCUUGCACCAGCAAGCAGAAGACCCAGUGCCGCUGCCAGCCGGGAAUGUUCUGCGUGCACUGGGACACUGAGUGUGUGCACUGCGAGCCGCUCUCCGACUGCCCCCCUGGCACCGAGGCGGAGUCUGAAGGUGAUGUCAGGGAGGCUAAGAGAAACUGUGUUCCCUGUAAGGCAGGGCACUUCCAGAACACCUCCUCCCCCAGGGCCCGCUGCCAGCCCCACACAAGGUGUGAGGAGCAGGGUCUGGUGGAGGCACUUCCGGGCACUGCCCAGUCGGACACCAGCUGCAGAAAUCCACUCGAUCCCCCGGAGAUGCCAGGAACCGUGCUGGUGUUGGCCAUCCUGCUGCCGCUGGCCUCUCUCCUGUUCCUCACCACGGUCCUGGCCUGCACCUGGAAGAGCCACCCCUCUCUCUGCAGGAAGCUGGGAUCCCUGCUCAAGAGGCGUCCAGAGGGAGAGGAAUCAAAUACUGCUGAUGGAAAUUGGGAGCCUCCAAGGGACAACCCACAUUUCCCUGACCUGGUAAAGCCACUUCUGCCCUUCUCUGGAGACUUGGCCCCCGCCUCGGCCAGGCUCCCAGCAACCCCAGGUUUGGAGGAAGAGGUGCCACAGCAGCAGAGUCCUCUAAGCCAGGCCAGGGAGCUGGAGGCUGAGCUCCCAGAGCAAGGCCAGGUGGCCCAUGGUACCAACGGCAUUCAUGUCACCGGGGGGUCUGUGACUGUCACUGGUAACAUCUACAUCUACAACGGGCCAGUACUGGGGGGAGCCCGGGGCCCCGGAGACCCCCCUGCCCCCCCAGAACCUCCAUACCCCACCCCUGAGGAGGGUGCCCCAGGCCCCCCCGGGCUCUCUACGCCCUACCAGGAGGAUGGCAAAGCUUGGCACCUGGCUGAAACAGACACUGGGGUGUCAUGCCCUCUAACAGGGCCAAGGACCCAAUUUGUCACCCAUGCCUCUUGGUGUCUGGGAGAAGCCAGAAGAAGGGAGGUGCAAGAGCACCUUCUCCCUACAGCUGCCCUCCCCACACAGGACUCACAGACGGCCUGGGAAGGGCCCCUGAGAGGCAGACCCUAAGGGGCCAGGCCCGAGACACGCCUCUGAGAGCAGGGCUGGACACUGGCUGGGUAUGUGCGCGCCACGAGACUCUCGCCACCUCGUAAGCAGGCCUGAGACUUCAUCGCAGACCCCCCCCCCCACCGCCCGGCGGGGCUGCACUGGCUCAACUUCAGGCACGGACAGGGCAUGCGGUGCUAACUGCUGCCCACCGCAGCAUUCUGCACCCUACACAGGGCACAGAAGGAGGACAGCCGCAUGGCCACUUGCAAGAACGUCAGUGGGACCUCCAGCAGAUCCGUGGUGCUCACCCCCAAGCUGCAGAGGCCCCUUGAGAACCCACACUUCACCUGGACUGAAGUAGACCCUGUAUGAAGAUGGAGAUACGUGGAAGACCAUCUCUCCCCUUUCCUCCUAGAAAGGGAGUCAUUAAAAACUGGGAGCUUGGGUACAGUGACUAGGUAGAAGGGAGAGUUUUGGAGGGAGAGGAAAAUGGCAAGUGUAUUUAUAAAUUGUAACCACAUGCAAAUAAAGAGGAGAUCGAGACCUA